AAGUGACAGGCACAUGUCAAAUGUCCUGAACUUGAAUGGUUUCCAACGAAAUCAUUUGGUGAAAAUUUUUAAUUUCCACAGGAAUUUUAUCAAUUUGAUCCAGUAAUUAAAGUUCACACGGUGUGUUUAACGGCGGUAAAAUUUUUGGUGGUUCGUAAAAUAUUCCGGGAGUUUUGCAAGAAUAAAUCAGUAAACACUUAAUAGUAGUGAAAAGGCCUUAAACUUAGAAACAGAAGUAUAUUUUUAUAGGAAAACUUUUACAUUUGAUCAGGUGUGGCUGCCAAAAAAUGUCACACCAUAGCGACGAUAAUAUGCUGAUAGCGACCAGCGAUUCCUUUUGGGAACCGGGGAAUUAUAAGAAAACAACUAAGCGGAUAGAGGAUGGGAAUAAAUUAUGCACUGAUCUUAUGACUUUGGCGAACGAGAGGGCCGAAAUUGAGAAGAGCUACGCGAAAGCUCUUAAGGCAUGGUCAAAAAAAUGGAAUGAUAUAAUAGAAAAAGGUCCCGAAUAUGGCACUACCGAAGCAGCUUGGAAAGGUGUUCUCGUCGAAGCAGACAGAAGAUGUGAUUUACAUUCCAAAAUUAGAGACGCCCUCGUGAAUGAUGUAAUGCAGAAGGUGAAGCAGUGGCAGAAAGAUACAUAUCAUAAGUCAAUAAUGCAAAUAAAAGAGAAAAAAGACAUGGAUGAUUCCUUUAAAAAGGCGCAGAAGCCGUGGGUGAAACUGCUGCAGAAAGUUGAAAAAGCGCGAACGGACUACCACACUGCAUGCAAAACGGAAAAGUCGGCUGCCAACCAAGAGCGAAACGCGGCCGGUGAUACCUCAUUUUCUGCUGACCAGGUUAAAAAAAUGCAAGACAGAGUACAAAAAUCAAAGGAAGAAGUUCAAAAAUGUAAAGAGAAGUACGAGGCCGCGUUGCAGGAAAUUAACACAUAUAACCCCAAAUAUAUGGAAGAUAUGACUGUAGUUUUCGACAAGUGCCAAGAGAUGGAAGCUCAAAGGCUGACGUUUAUUAAAGAAAUUCUGUUUGAUAUCCACAAACACCUUAAUAUAUCCCAAGACCCUAUGCUCAACCAAAUCUACGAAGAACUAUACCACACAAUAAACAAUGCAGAUUUCGAAAAAGACCUAAAAUGGUGGUCUAACAAUCACGGAGUUAAUAUGGCGAUGAAUUGGCCACAAUUCGAGGACUACACAGAAGAAUUUCGAGAUAUUCACAAAGGAAAGUCCAAAGAUUCCGCGAUGGCUGGAAUCACUCUUAUCAAUCAGAGGCCGGUCGGGGAAGAUUUGCAUGAUUUUACUGCAAGUACAAAAUCUUCCAAAACGAAAGCGGCAGCAAUGAAACCUAACAGCGCGACUAUACAACCACCGGCUCCCCAAGUUCAAGAAACGAAGUCUCCAUCGAAAUCAACGGCCGAGAGCCCAUCGAAUAGAGCAUCCACGAUCACGAAUGGUUCCUCCGCGAAAGCCAAUGAAUCUAAUCCGUUUGAGGAAGAAGAUUGGGAAAAUGAUGCAUUAGUGGAUAAUGGAGAACCCGGAGUUCCAGUAAAGGCCUUAUAUGAUUACGAAGGUGCCGAAAAUGACGAGUUAAGCUUUAAAACAGGAGAAAUUUUUGAAAAACUAGAGGACGAAGAUGAGCAAGGAUGGUGCAAAGGUAGGAAGAACGGUAGGGUCGGCCUAUAUCCUGCAAACUACGUAGAAGCCGUAACCCCAUAAACAUUCUUCAUUCAUAUAUUAUAAACAUAUUUGUUUGUUAAACAUUUUAUAUGGUAUAUUAUUAUUAUUAUUAUUAUUAACUUUUGGUUGUGUGAUCGAAGUAUUAAAUGCCUGAAACUUAUAGUUGCUAAGGGUCGAGAAAAGAACGUUUACUUUUAGGAUCGAUUACACUAAAAGUUACAAAAACAAUCAUUCAUAUGUUGUUAUUGCAUUUUUAUUUAUAUUAAACAUAUUUAUUUAAGGUGAUACGAUUUCCCUUUAAGGUAUAUGUUAUUAUGUUAUUAUUUUUAAAGUAAUUUGUACAAUAAUGCCCCACUUAAUGCCAGUUUAAGUUUUUAAAUGUUAUUACGCGCCCAAAUAAUUGGGGUGAUUAUAUUUUCUUAUUAAGUAAAUCAUAAAAGGACUUUUAAAAAAAAAAAGGCGGGUUGUUGAGUAAAUAUGGUAAAAUAUGUAGUUGUGUAGAGCGGGGCCUUACUGUAUUAAAACCCUUAAGAAAAUAUUAAUUAAAUUAAUACGUUGUUGUUGAAGCAUUUUGUUAAAAUAAUUAGUCAAUACGUAAACUUCGUUAUUAGAAUAAACCGAUUAUAAAUUAAGAAAAAAAUUAUAUGAAGCAUGAUAUUGUGUAACUCUAUAAUAUUUGUACAAACUGUAAAGAAAUAUAUUUAUAAUAAAAAGUACUACACGACUUGCA